UGCUUAAUGGGAAUCCGCUGACAGAGCACAACCAGUUGUUUGCGCGAGCAUAUGUAUGCGCGGAUCAGCAGGUGUUGUCUCUAACUGGAUGGAAGUCACGGUUACAACCGCACCGAUCGGAGGGAAAACUCAAAUGCUACGGACUCUUAUUUCCAGGAUGCGCUGACAUAUAUGACAUGCUCGCGGCAUUCGGCAGUUAAAGAUAAACUCCAUCUGGCGUCUCCACUACUUUGGCAGCUAUGGCUUUCUCUUUUUCUGGAGGGACCGUGUUCACCAUCCUCCUCGUUAGCAGGUUGUUAGAGAGUUCCUUGCUCAACGCAGAAAUGAAGGAAGGAGAGAUUCUGCCUCCUACCAUUCAGAGGCUGAUGAAAGGAUACAACAAGUACCUUAGGCCUUUCUUUGACAAUGGUCCUGUAACAGUAGGUAUGAGCCUGGACAUUGCCAGCAUUGACACCAUCUCAGAGAUCAACAUGGACUACACUGCCACCAUAUUCCUCCGCCAGCGCUGGACGGACGAGCGCUUGGUGUUUGAGGGCAACAAGAGCCUGAGCCUUGAUGGGCGGCUAGUGGAGCUGCUCUGGGUCCCUGACACCUUCAUCGUUGACUCCAAGAAGUCCUUCCUCCAUGACAUCACCGUGGAGAACAGGCUGAUCCGUAUCUUCCCCAACGGGACCGUCCUUUAUGCACUGAGGAUUACCACCACCGUGGCUUGCAACAUGGAUCUGACCAAGUACCCCAUGGACAAACAGACCUGCACACUACAACUGGAGAGCUGGGGUUACAACAUCAAUGAUGUCAUGUUUUACUGGACCAGAGGAAAUGAGUCUGUCAGUGGUUUAGACACUCUCCAGCUGGCUCAGUACACAGUAGAGGACCACUAUACAUCUGUCUCAGAGGCCGUUUAUGAAACAGGCAAUUACCCCAAGCUGGUCUUCCACUUUGAGCUGAAGAGGAGCAUUCUGUACUUCAUCCUAGAGACUUACGUCCCCUCGAGCCUGCUUGUUGUCCUCUCAUGGGUUUCUUUCUGGAUUUCCCUGUCCUCUGUUCCAGCACGAAUUUGUAUAGGAGUGACCACAGUACUGACCAUGACCACUCUGAUGAUGGGAGCCCGGACGUCGCUGCCCAAUGCCAACUGCUUCAUCAAGGCCAUUGAUGUUUACUUGGGAAUCUGCUUCAGCUUUAUCUUUGGAGCGCUCAUUGAGUACGCCGUGGCCCACUUCUGCACCCUCACUCACGCCGACGCACACAUGCUCAUGUACGGCCAUCACAUGCACGACUUUGACGACGAAAUGAACGGCAUCCUCACCACCAUCUCCAGACACUCCAACAGGGCCAAGAGACGCAAGGAGACUGCCGCAGCUACUUCCCCAUCUCCCGCCUCCCUAGAACUCACUGUCAGCCCUUCCAGCCCCUCGGGCAGUGAGCCUAAGCCCGAGGCAUCACCUCCGGAGUCCACCAACUGGUGCCUCACUGUUCUGGUCACCCUCCGCAGAGUACUCCGCUCCAUAAAUUGCUGUCACGUGGAGAACCCCCACCACAUAGACAACUACUCCAGAGUCACUUUCCCCCUCUCUUUUGUCAUGGUUAACCUUCUCUACUGGACAUAUUAUCUGUACUUUUAGCAUUCGCUCAAGUGCAGCAUGUGAGUCAAAGAGUGUAUGUAGACAAGAAGUGUAUUUUACCGUAUGUAUGUACAGUAAGUGUUAUUUACAGUAGGUAUGUUUUGAGAUGGGUGUGUAACAUUUCUACAUUUGGAUUCUUGAGUGAAGUAGCAUACUCCUAUAGGGUUGUUUUGGGGAAAAAGUGAUUACAGCUCCAUUUGUUAGAUUUUACUGUGUACUUGAAUUGAGUCAUUGCUUUCAAUUUUAUACUGGUUUUCUUCAAAACUAGGCCAACCUGACGCUGACUGGGUGAGAUUUGAUCCGUUCUGAUACACCUUGAAAGGAAGAGAGCGCUGCUUAUAAAGAAAAAUUGGCCAGUCUGCAUAUUUGUUGCUGUAGUAUAUUAAUUUUAAGUGUCACACCGUGCAGGUUGUUACUGUCUGACACAGAGAAGAUGGAGCUGUAAUUUAAUGCUUUAUGACAGAAUUUGCUAGCAUUGCUGAGGGAGAGCAAAUUAUAUUUUGAUUCUCUGUUUUGAUGGAUUAAUCAUUGAUAGCCUACUUUUCAACUUAAUUUUCCGUUUCUGCCUGCAGGUACAACAUUUAGAGGGAAAUACGAAAAUAAUGGAUGGGAGAAGAGAGAUGAACAAGAGAGACGAGGGAGCUUGAAAAAUAUCUCAACAAAGAGAGCGUUUUAAAAACUAUAAACCAGUCUCCCAAGGAUGAUCAUUUCUUCUCUCUUGAAAUCUCUCUUCCUUCUGUGUCCUUCUAUGAGUUAUUUUUAAUUCACUGAGCAGUGCUGUCUCUCUUUGCCUGCAUUUGUUUUUUCAUUGACACUAUAAAUGUAGUAGCCUUUGAUCCCUUCAGUUGUAUUCUGGAAAUCUGGCGCCCAUGAAUGGUAUGGCACUUAUCACACAAAAUAUGUCCUGCAGGUUCACAAGGAAGGCGGCCGAUGAAACUACUAAUUUCAUAAUGCUAAGCCUCCCUUUGCAGAGCUCCACAAGCACUAACUUAGCCUGCUUGAGCAACAACAAUGCAAAGGUAAUUCUAGAUCAGCGACCUAGCUGCUGCUGCAAAUAAACUGUGCAUAGACACAAUAGUUAACCUCUCUUCUAUUUGGUUUAAAAAGGCGAUAUUAUGCUAAUUAUUGGACAGGUUGUAACAUUGGAUUAUUUUCUUGGCAUCAAACUGAGGAGCCAGUGUUAGCUAUUUGGUUAGUGUUAGCUCGUUGGUUCCGCUAGCCAAGAGGAGCGAGCUAGCUGGCUGCACAGUUGUUAAAAAAGACAUUAUGAAAUAAAAAGUGACAUUAAAUCAAGGUCUCACUGAGGAAAAAUACCAUUAUGAAAUAAAAUAGAGUUUUGAAAAAUAACAUUUUGAUAUAAAAAAUGCCUAUAAAACUGUUAUCGAAAUAAAAAUGAUGAAAUAAAAUGGCAUAGUAGCCUAAUGGGUAUACGUAUAAGUUAAUAAUUGAUUAAAUUAAUUUGAUUUUGAUUGAAUUUCACUUUUUUCAUACGAUUAGUUUAAUCAUUAUUAUUAUUAGUUUUUGAACACUUUGGGUCUCCAUACAACUGGCCAAGUGUAAUGCUAUACAAUGGUGUGGAUAUACGAGUAACACCUAGACAGAGACCAGUACCGUGUUAAAUGAUAUAUGCUUCAUGCCUUUUGGGCUGCUGGCAGAGUUUCUUCCUGUGCUUUUGUAAGACAUGAAGGAAGAGUCAGACCUAGAUGUGUUAGACAUUGUAGAGUGAUUUGAACGUGAAUGAAAUGGGCAAAACAUUUCAACAGGAUGUCAUCAUCAGUGUAUUAUCCAAAUAGAAAAAACUUGUUAUGCUGCACUUGAGGUGUCACUUCUCUCCUCAGUUUUUUAGGCUGUUGUCAUCUUCCGCUGCGUGAGUAUCGAGUGUUUCAGUUCAGGUGAUACAGCAUGUUUGCUUCUAGUGAUGUGAACCAAAGAACCAAAGAUUCCAAUUUGAUUUUACUGUUCCUCUUGGUUUCACUUUAGCUCCUGGGAGAUUUUAAGUGCAUUUUUUAAACGUUAAUAUCAUUUUUAUUAUUCAUUGGAUAAUUCUAAAAUAGCAUACAGUCAGUGGGCAGAUGAACACGACACUUUACAUUUCAGAAAACAGGAUUCAGUUUAACAACAGAGAUGCAUGUUUAUUUAUAGCUGUAUUCAAUAUUGCUGUGACAUACUCUAUCAUUCCAUUCCAUUUUUAAGAACUACCAUUCAAUGUGUAUUGAAUAUAAUGGCAAGCUAAAUUGUCAGUAUUUAUAUUUAAUUGCCUUUUAAACAGUUUAUGUUCAUAUUUUAGCUGCUUAUUGCUUCUCAUGUUUUGAUCUAUUUUUGAAUAUGUUAUCAACUACCAAGCUUUUGGAUUGCACCUCUUGCCUGAUUAUAGAAAGUAGGAUUUACUUUCAUUUCUGUUCUUCCUGCAUGGUUGUCAAGUGUAACUUUUGUUUCUUCUGCCCAAAGAAGAUUAACCUUCCUUGGAUUACUAUGACCUGUAUGAAUGAGAAUCUUCACAGACAUUUUGUUUUUUCUGCUUUGCUUGAUUUUGUUUUGGUUUAAUAUGAUGGAUAAGUAUCAUCAUGAAAUGGUCAGCUGAGGCCAUUGACAGCAUUAGAUCUGUAUUUUGCAGUGAUGCAACUUGGGGUCUCGUCUGGGUCCAAAAGUGCAGGAUGUUCCAACCCCUCUUCUCAUUUUCACUUCAGUUAUAAACCCUAUUGUAUGAAAGGCUGAGUGAUCAGUGACAGUGUUCAUUUGCCUCCGACUGAGCUGCGUCUGCUCUGUGGAAGUGAGCACUGACCCAUUGACAAGGUUAAUGUGAGAAAACACAGACUGUCGGUUUUAUACAAUACAGCGCCACGACCGUAGUUUUGAUGGUUAUCUUCUCAGUGAAUAGUACAAGAAGUGAAUGCAAAUAUUGAGCCAAAGAGCCACAAGAGCAACCACUCAAGCUUUCUGUCAGUGUGGAAGCAAACAGAAUAUUUAGUCACCCAGUGAAGAAGUUGAUCCAUUCACAAGGUUUGAGCAUAGUAAUUGUCCAAUGGCUCCAUGGUCACAACUACAUUAUCUAGUUUGCUGUAAACAGACAGCAUUUUUUCAUGAAUACCCGGGGAAGUUGGAAAAUAUUUCAUAAACAAAGGUACGAAACAUUAUAGGCAUCAUUGCCAGGACCUAUUUGGAGCGACAACAAAAAAAAUUGGAAAAUGGCAACCUUCGGACUGCCCUGUUUUUCCUGUUGUGGGACCUGUCAGAUAAUGCCUCAAGGUGAUGUUGGCUACCAACCUCACAGUUCCUAGGACAUCUUCAUGUGAAAUGUAUUUAUAUACUGUAGUACCAUGUUAAUAUAGGCAAUAGUUUAACCUAUUGUAAAUAAAUAGUAACACUAUGCAUGUUUAUUUGGUGUAUGAAUAUAAAUGAUAGCAAUAAAAGAGGUUUAACGUGUGUAUUGUUGACCCUCUUUAUACAUUUUCCUUAUACAUUGUUGAAGAUGUGACAUUAGUGAGUAAAGAUAGCAUCAUAAUUUGACCAUGCAAAAUGAAGUAUCCACAAUUUAAAUUAGAAGUGCAGGGUUACACUAGCUACCCCACAGACAUGCAAAUGUGUGUGUUUGUGUGUUGCAGAUGUUAGGGCAGCAGUGUCCCAGUGGGAGUGGUGGAGAAUGUGAGUCUUAAUUCCCUACAGCUCCCUACAGCUGAGUCAGCAGAAUACAGUCAGCGUAUGAUCGGAGUUCAUCAUACAGUAGAUACCCACACAGAAUUACUUUUUAUGGGUAAAUUCAGAGAUGUGCCCGGCCACUUUGCUCUUUGGCAGUUCCAAGUGGAAGCAAAGAUAGCUGAAUUAUUUGAUAAUGACUUAGACGUCUGUUUAUGUAUGCUUGCAUUUUUGGCCAGUCUGAUUGACUAUAUACAGGCCAGUUCAUGCAUAACAAAUGUAAACAAUAUAUCUAAAUAACAAAACCCCACUUACGCAACACAAUAAAUACAUAAAUAAGAUUAAAACUGGGACAUACAGUAUAAGAGCGUAUAAUUUGAGUAAACUCUUGUUACAUACAUACAUUUAUAUAUGUUAACACAUAGGAUAAACAAAGUAACGUAGUGAAAUUAGAUUUUCCUCUCUAAAUGAACGGGAGCCUUGAAUAUGAAAAUCAGACAGCCUGACAGUAUAACCUCUAUUCAAAACCUGUUGCCUCAAAGUUGCAAACAGGAAGGCAGAUGCUGUAAUAUCCCAGUCUCCAUAAUGCUCACUCUAUAAAUCCUGAUCCUCAGCUGAAUCAAUCUCUGUAAAUUCAGAAAUCCCUUUAAAAAGAGAUCAUCAGUGGGAUAAGGCACAUAUCAAAGGUCCAGUUAUUGACCUUCUCAGGAACUCUCCGUUGCAAAUAUUUUAUGUUCCGCUUUGAUCAUAAAUGGACUGAUGGUCAGUCAGGCUGUAAGUUGUUGAUCAUACCCUCUCAAUAUGCAGCGGCAUGGCUCAGGAGUGGGUGUCAAGUAAUCGGAAGGUGAACUCCUAACCUUGCAUGGCAGCCUCUGCUAUCAGCGUAUGAAUGUUUGUGUGAGUGGGUGAAAGUUGUUGUGUGCUUUGUGUGGUCGACUAGAAAAGCUCCUUUUAAAUGCAUUUACCAUAGCACUGUAUCCCUGCAGUUUUCACUUUCCCCUAUAAAUGUACAGCUGACAAGAUUGCAGCACCUGUCAGUCUCCAAUGUAUAUGGCAGUUUUUUAUGUAUAGCAUCAUAACAGUUGCAACUGCUAUAAGGCGAAAGCUCUUUACAGUGUCUUCAACAGAGAGUCCCUUCAGUCUCUAACCCUUCACCCACAAAUGGGGUGAGUUCUGCUUGCCGCCUCAUGUUUCCAACAAACCUAUAUUAUAGACUUUUUUUUCUAUUGUGUCUAACAUUUUGGUUGUUCCACAUUGAGCUGAUUUUCACAGCUACACCCACUUUUAGCUCUUUUUGUAACCAAUUCAAAUCUCGGUUUUUGGUCGUUCUUAUCAUAAAGGCUGAAUAUGCAGUGUGACUGUCUGCACUUGUGUACUUUGCUCCCAGCCAAACCCAGAUGAGGCAGCAUCUGACGGGGCACAACCCAGCGUUUUGGAACCAAACACAACAAAUUUUUAUGCGGCCACAUUACUCGCACAUUUUAAACAACCCAAAACAUAAUCCCAAUUAUUAUUACAUACUGAACUGCAAUUCAGGUAUUUUGGAAGAUGCAAUGCACCCUGUGGUGAGACAAAAUGGUUGGUAGUUCUAUUAAAAUAGAGGCUCUUGAUAUCACUACUUAAUCGAAGAAAUGCUGUUGACAUUACAAAUGUAUUUUUUGUUUGCAUGAAUUGUUUUAAUUCAAUUAAAAAUCUCAUGACUAAGUAGACAACCAACCUCAUGCACCAAUCUGAUGCAUGCAAAACAGAUGGGUUAAAGUUUCAAUUUGCAUUGUCAUUGUCAAAUAAUGCUCUGACAUAGCAACUAAUUCUCAUUAAACAGAGUGUCAGUCAUUUCCUCAAGAUUAUAGAAGUAUAAAUAAGAAAAGAAAAACUAUAGUGAUGUUUGGAGUUUUUUCUUAUUGUGUUGAAUAUGCUGUGUUACAGUAUUAUUGUAUUUAUGCAAUUGCAAUCGAUUAUGUCUGGAGUCACAGUAAAUCCUACAUUAAAGCAAGAUAAAGUGUGACUGAACUCCCCUUCAUCAGUCCACUGUUUCUGUUCUGUACUCUCUACUCUGCCUCUAGUGUUUCCUUAUUGCAAAUGUGAGUUUUAUGCUGGUGGUGGCCAUUAAUGAUAAUGUUUCCUCACCUCAUGCCUUUAUUGUCUUUCACUUUAAAUCUCUCUUUCUGUGUGUGCGUGUGUGUGUGUGUGUGUGUGCAGGAGGGGUGGCAUUAUUGUCAUUGUCUUUGUUUUUAUAAUGUAAAGCACUUUGUGUUACAUGGCUCUUGCAUGAUAAGUGCUAUACAAAUAAAGAUUGAUUCAUUGAUUGAUUCUGU